AUGAGGUUGAAACGCAACCCCCUCCUGCUGGUGCUUGCCUUCUUCACCACCCGCGUCGUGCAUGGGGGAGGAGCCGAAUUACCUGACAUCUGGCUGGUUGUUGAAGACUCUUACGACUCCAAUGUCAUGGUGACCUUUCCUGACCUGUUAAUAGGAGCUAGCAUGAUUGUGGACGAACUCUAUGACAUCGACGAAGAGCAAGGCGUUUUGAUCACGACCGAGCAUGGCAAGAUCACCAAGACGAAUUACUAUACGAAAUCAAGCCAGACUUUUGUGGUGAGCGGGACGGACUGUGAAGUGGGAGGCCUGCUCGACCACAAGGGCUACCACCUGUGGGGCUGGCAUUACGUGAGCAACGACCCCAACGGCAAAAAGAACUUCCUGUAUGGACCAUCUGCACUGCUGAGGCUAGUUCGGGAUUAUGCGAUUCAGAUGCAAUACAAAGGUCCUGCAGAAAUCCGAGGCAUUAUGGCUGACCACUGGUUGGUUGAGACGAGAGAUAAUUACACAAUUGAUUAUUAUUUCGCCGCCGACGAAUGGCUGAUGCCUUACGGGCACUCUCUGGAUGGGAUUAACCUGAAGGCGCCGCUGCAGGUGAAGGUCCACGGUCUGCAAGAUGACCCCUGGGACAGCUCAGUACCAAGCUUCGCACAAUCUGUCGUGUAUGACUUCAUUGUUUUCAAGCCCUAUGUUGAUGUCUCAAGGAAGAGGUCGUAUCUGGUGGAGGGCGGCCUCGACUGCAAGAACCGCGUGACAAUGGACCCCGAGAAACUGGACCCCCCGACCCCGCCUAGUAAAUUCCAGGUCUUCAUCGAGAGUGUAGUGAACCUCAAGGGCAGCCAAGCACAAGCCACGCCCCUGGUUUUCAGGUCUUGGGUGAGUGGGUUAACGAUGCGAAGGAUCCCAUACAGACUACACAGGUGA